AUGACAACACCGUUCACACUCCGCUUGGAAGAAAUGGACGUCAGCAAGGCCGCGAUCGGGGGAGGCAAAGGAGCCUCGCUGGGUGAACUGGUGAAGGCCGGCGCGCGUGUGCCUGCCGGCUUUGUGGUUACCCGCGGGGCGUUCGACCUCUACAUGGAGGCGGCCGACCCUCAGAAGCGAAUCUCGCAGUGGCUGGCCGAACUCCACUCUGGUGGCAAGACGCUUGCCGAUACGGCGCGGGCGAUUGCCGAACUGCUUGCGGAAGGCACUAUUCCUAACGAAAUCGGUGACGCGAUCGGCUCGGGAGUUGAACAACUCGGCGUUGCGAGCAUGUCGGUGCGCUCCAGCGCAACUUGCGAGGACGGAAGCGCCACGGCUUGGGCAGGGCAACUUGAAACGUACUUGGACGUAUCCCCCGAGGAGAUCGAAGAGCAGGUCCAGGCGUGUUGGCAUUCGAUCUUUCGCGCGCCGGCGUUGGCUUACGGCGCAGCCCAUGGUUACGGUGUGGGCGAGUUCGGGGUGGCGGUCGUGGUGCAGGAGAUGGUCUCGAGCGAGGUCUCGGGAAUCGGCUUUUCAGUGCACCCCGUUACGCAAGAGCCCGAGUUGCGUCUGAUCGAAGCCUGCUUCGGGUUGGGCGAGGCAAUCGUCUCCGGGCGGAUCAUGCCCGACCAGUAUGUGGUGAAGCGUGGGGCGCGGGAGAUUGUCGAAAACACCCUGGGGCGGCAACGCGAGGGGUUGUUCUUCGAACAUGGGCGUUACGAACCCCACUGGCAACAAUUGGGCGAACGUGGCUCGCAGCCGAAGCUGAAUGAGGACCAAGUGCUGGAAUACGCGGGCAUUUUGGACCGCAUCGAAGAUCAUUACGGCUUCCCGGUCGACACCGAAUGGGCGUUGACCAAAGAGGGCUUUCAUCUGUUGCAGUCGCGUCCCAUCACCACGCUGGCCAAGGAAUAUCGCGAGCCGAUUAUCGAUACCGCGCAACCGUGGGUGAAGUUGGUGCGGCGGCCGUUGUCGCUGCUGGAAACUUCGUUCAUCGGGCUGUGGCUCGAUAGCCGCCACGCAGGCGAAGACAUGGGCACGCACGUCGAUCGGUUCAUGGCCAUCCAGGACGAUUCGGAUCUGGCGACGAUGUUCCUGCCCAAGCCUGCGUUCGAUGCGGUGUUGGAUCACAUUCGAGAUCUCGAUCGAAAUAACCGUCCCAAACUCAUCGGCCUGUUAGAAAAGGCACUCGAGGUCUUCGAAGAGGGUCGGCAGCGAAUCGAGCGGAACGAAGUCUUCACGAGUUUGGAAGACGCCGUCGAACACUUUGUCGAUGUGGGACGAUACACCACAAGCUUCCCUUCUUGCACACUCAUUGCGCUUGAAGAUGGGCAUAUCGACGAUCCGCAAGUCCGCGCCCUGAGCGAACAACUGCGUGCUCACUCACUUUAUCCUCGCUACUUGAGUCAACUGGUCGAGCCACUGGUGAUCGAGCAGGUGAAGGCACUCGGUUUUUCAGCGCCCGAACGUGGCCCCGAAUUGGUGACAUGGAGCGAGUUGCGCGAGAACCUCAUCGACCGUGAGACAUUGGAAGAGCGACUGAACCUGGUCCGCGAAGGCUACCGGUUCGUUAUUCAGAUUUUGGAAGAUGGCGAACGGGUGAACUUCGUCAGCGAGACGGGCUAUCUACUGAUGCGUCAGAUAGGCCAGCGUCAGAUCAUUCCUCCAGACGAUCCCGAUCGUAUCGCCGGGCAAGCUGCAUGGCCCGGCGUGUAUCGCGGUCGGGCCCGCGUGCUGAUGACGUCGGAUCCAGACGGGGUCGAGAUGCAAGAAGGGGAAGUGCUGGUCUCGCUGCAGUCGAACCCCAACCUGAUGCCCCUAUUGCGGCUCGCCGGGGCGAUUGUGACGGACGACGGUGGUGUGGCCUGCCACGCGGGGAUCAUCUGCCGGGAGUUGAAGAUUCCCACCAUCAUCGGCACCGGUCGGGCUACGGCCACGAUCAACACCGGACUUCAAUUCUCAAGGGGAACCGUGGCCAUGUUCGAACGUAUUUCCAACGGCUGGGAACUUGCGAAGCAAAGCUUCAACGUUCUGCGAAUGGAUAAAGAACUGCUGGUGUUCCCCCUGCUCAGUGGAAUCGCGUGCCUGGCCGUGCUGGCCAGUUUUGCCGUGCCGCUGUGGUUCUCCGGCUUCAUCGAGACGGUGGCCCAAGACGAGCAAGCCCAGAACAAUCCGCUGGCCUACGUCGUGCUGUUCGCCUUUUACACGGUGAAUUACUUCGUGAUCGUGUUCUUCAACUCGGCCCUGGUCGCCUGUGCGGUCAUUCGCUUUAAAGGCGGCGACCCCACGCUAAAAGACGGGCUGGGGGCUGCUAUGGGGCGGUUGCCGCAGAUCUUCGGUUGGGCCCUGGUGGCUGCCACCGUGGGUGUGAUUCUGCAGAUCAUCGAAUCGCGAUCCGAGAAGUUCGGUCAAAUCAUCGCUUCGCUGUUGGGGAUGGGCUGGUCGAUCAUCACGUUCUUUGUCGUACCGGUGAUCGUGGUCGAAAAGGCGGGCCCGAUUGCCGCCGUUCAACGCUCGAUGGCCAUUUUGAAGAAGGCCUGGGGCGAAUCGCUGACGGCCAACUUCGGCAUCGGCAUGAUUGCCUUUCUGCUGAACAUCCCGGCCAUUCUCGUGAUCGUCGCCGGCGUGGCUGUGGCCGCCUCGGUGAACGCCGUUCUCGGUGUGGCGAUCAUUGCAGUGGGUAUUCUGGCGAUGCUGACCAUCUCGCUGGUCACUUCAGCCCUGAACGCCAUUGUGCUGGCCGCACUGUACCUCUACGGUGCCACCAACCAAGUGCCCGCCGCCUUCGAACCCGCUAUGCUCACCGGAGCUUUUGGUCGGAAGUAA